AACGUACAGCUGUUAUUAUUUGGAGGUCACGUGAUUGAUGUGUGUUUCAUAAUAAAUAAACGAAACGUCAAUUUGACCCUCGAUCACCUUGUGCCACGUGGUUGUAACACAGCAAAAGUUUUGUGUGGUCAUCUAAUAGUAACAACGACCACAACAGUAAUGGACACAAUGGAAAUUUUGUAAGGAAAACAAUAAUUGAUGCCAGUUCAUAAAUUGAACUUACUUCACCGUCCCUUGAAGAAUGGAAGCAACGUUCAUCCAUAGCUUGAAUUGACUUCAGAAACAACAGAAAUCCCUAAGCUAGGAACUAUUUCCUUAGCAUCUAAUGUUACUUUUUAAUUAUCUGUGAUAAUUGUGUUAAUGAUAAUAUUAAAUUAAGCAGAAUAAUAAACGUUUACUAUGGCGAGUAAUCCAGGACAUGUGAGACGCGUAAAAGCCUUGUAUAAAGCUAUUUUGAAAAUCCAUCAGGGCCUUCCCAUUCAUUACAGAGCAAUCGGAGACCAAUAUGUUAAAGAUGAGUUUCGCCAUAACAAAACUUCAAACACCAAGCAAGCAGAUAUAUUUAUGCAUGAAUGGACGAAAUAUUAUGUGACUAUAGCUAAACAGCUCAGUCACAAAAAUCGCACUGGAGUGAUUGGAGAAAAUUUGUCCUCAGACUUUUUGGAUUGCUUUAAUUCAGAACAACUUGGUCAACUCUAUGAAUUGUUCCAAGAAACACAGAAACCUCUACAAGAAAAGGAAAAAUGAAACAUCAAUUGAUAUUUAUUGCUUUUUGACAACAACAAAAAGUAGUUUUAUUUAUUUUUUUGCUACCAAACAUGUUUCCUUAUCCCCAGUGUUAAAUUUUUUACAAUAAAUCCAACAGUAUAUUUAAUUACUGUGAGGAGUGGAAAAGUUUGCAAUUUUGUUAUUUCUAUCAUUUAGUCAGGAAGAAAAUGUAGUGCCUAUGACCCCUUUAAGGCCUCCAAGAUUAGUAAGACAGAGAGAGGAAGGUAUCCUGAAUCAUGGUCUAAAUGCAUGCAACUGAGUGGACCCUAUUAAAUGCACUCAAAGUACAGGUGGUGAUGUUAAACAAGAUGAUAAAGUCUAUAACACAAAUAGCCACAACAGGAUCUGAUCUCAGAAUGCUAACAGUUGGAACAAAUGCAAAGUACCUUGCCUGAUAUUCUUACAUUUUCAGCAGUCCACCACUCUAAAUUAGUAUUCAAUUUAUCAACUCCAGGAGGAUGAAAGGCAAAGUUAAUAUCAGUAAGAUUUGAACACAAAUAUAAAAACCAAAAUAAAUACCACAAGGUAUUUCAUCCAAUUUGUAAACUACAAAAAUGAGUCUUGAAAAUUCUUAUUACAAAAUAUAUUUUUUCCACUUUUCAUAGCAACUAAAUUUACUGAGGCCUACAAAAUUUCACAGAUCAAUAGAUGUAUAAAAUUUUAUGAGGAAAGUAUCCUGAAACCAGAAUCCUGGUUUGGGGAUACUUUCCAAAAUUAGAAUAUUGUUGACACACAGAUCUUUAGCUAAUAUUUUCAAAUUCUGGAUUUCAAUCUUUGAACUUUCAAGUUUUGAUUGUCCCCAUUUUCUAUCUUGUCAUAGACUUGAACAUCCUUUAAAGAAUAAAAACUUUAAAUGCUUUUUAAA